UUACAGCACUUCCCACUACGCUCAAGAACAUCUAAAAUCAUAAUCUUCACUUUCUAAGCCAUGGCUUCCUCUGCUAAAAACCUUUCUUUCCUAUUCCUUCUCUUCCUCAUCUUCUCUCUUCAAAUUCAUGCUAGGGAGAGCCAAUUCUUUAGCAAGGUCACCCGUGAUAACAACAACAACAACAACACCAACAACAAGAACACCACCACCAAAGAGAGUGAAAAACCUUCACAUACCCAGGAUGAAGGGCCAAACUUCACACCACAGAACCACAAUGGAUUUGGCCUCUAUGGUCAUGGCACAGAGCAAUUCUCACCCAACUCAGUCAAUGAUGCUUACUACACUCCUACCAAUUUCCCUAAGAAGACCACCACCACCACCACAGAGCUUUACACUCCUGAAAACUAUGAGCAAAAUAGCUUCAACUACAAUGGCUAUGAGAACAAGCAACAAGGUAGCAUGAGAGACUCCAGGUAUGUGGACACAUCUUACCUCAACAACAACAACAAUUAUUAUAAUGAGAAUGAGAUGAAGCAACAGGGCAUGAGUGACACAAGGUUCUUAGAGAAUGGCAAGUACUUUUAUGAUGUCAACAAUGAGGAUGUCUACCAUGAUCGGUACCAUAACCAAUAUGAAUCACCAAAGGAAAUCCACAAUGGAUAUGCUUCUUCAUACAGAGGAGUUGAAUCAAAGAACAGGUACAACAACUAUGGAGGGUAUAAUGGUAACAAUAAUGCAAACACUUAUGAGUUCACCAACUCCAUGGAUGGGUUUCAGAAUCAGAAUGAGGAAUUCCUACAGAACCAGGAGGAGUUUGUGCCAUAAA